UGGGGGGGGGGGGUUCAGAAAGCCCUUUUCCAGCCCUUCUACUCUUUCAUUUUAUAGGUCUUCCACACACACACACACACAAGGCAUCAACGGCAAAGGACCAGAAGGCAAAGUCAGGAUGUGACAUCAUCCACAGGAAGAGAAGCCAAACAACUUUUUUUUCUCUCUCUUUAACCGUGUUGACUGUGCUGCUGAGUGAAGUCGGAGCCUCUCGGUCUGUUGGUCGGCCCGGCGGCGAGAGGGAGCCGAUCCAGAGGAGCCGGAGGGGGCAGAGCGGCUGGAUCUGUCCUCCACGGGGGAGCUUAAAGCCUGAAUCCUCCCCGAACUUCUCACGACUUCCCACCACAUUCCUCCGCCGUAUAGGACCGCAGCCAGAAACAUCCCGCCAUCCGAAAACCAAACGGCCUGAAAUCUCUACACAACAGACGCUGACCCCCUUUGACCUGAUUUCCUUGCCGAGAUCCGCCUGGUGCCAUCUCUCAGGAAGGUCACGCAUAUUAUUCUGGAGAGCUUUUUCCUCCCCUUGUCACGGGGGGGAAUCGCCGGAGUCGAUGGCGUUGUGUCUUGGACAAGUCUUCAGCAAAGACAAAACAUUCAGGCCCAGGAAGCGCUUUGAGCCGGGCACCCAGCGCUUUGAGCUCUACAAGAAGGCCCAGGCCUCGCUCAAGUCCGGCUUGGACCUGAGGAAAGUGGUCCAGCUGCCCGAGGGGGAGAACAUCAACGACUGGAUCGCCGUUCACGUCGUCGACUUUUUCAACAGGAUCAACCUGAUCUACGGCACGGUGAGCGAGUACUGCUCCGAGCGCACCUGCCCCAUCAUGUCCGGGGGCCUGAAGUACGAGUACAGGUGGCGGGACGGCGACGACUACAAGAGGCCCACCAAGCUGCCCGCUCUCAAGUACAUGAACCUGCUGAUGGACUGGAUCGAGUCGCUCAUCAACAAUGAGGACAUCUUCCCCACCAGAGUAGGUGUACCUUUCCCCAAGAACUUCCCGCAGGUGUGCAAGAAGAUCCUGAGCCGCCUCUUCAGGGUGUUUGUGCACGUUUACAUCCAUCACUUUGACAGCAUCUGCAGCAUGGGUGCGGAGGCCCACAUCAAUACCUGCUACAAGCACUACUACUACUUCAUCUCGGAGUUCCACCUCAUUGACCACUCGGAACUGGAGCCCCUGAAAGAGAUGACCGAGAAGAUAUGCAACUAAAGAAAACCACAAGGACUAAAGGAGUUUACAUUUUGACGUGAUCUGAGCCCCGUGAAAAGUCAUCGCCUUCAAAACACUUAAACAAAGAACAAUUUUGAAUCAAGUUGUAUGUGCGGUUUUCUAAGCAUAACUGAGAAGGUCCACUAAAUAACCACAUUUCAUUAGAUUGUGGAAGUGCCUUCACAGAAGUGUUGUAUUAUUGUGAGGUUGUGCAUGGUGCCAUCAUUAUAGGAUUUGUGUUUGAUUAUAAUACAUUUUCCUGUAGCUACUUGUGCUUUUUCUUUUCUCCAGAUCGUGUGUGUUACAUCUUUCAUAUACAGUGUUAAGUCGUUUUCUGUUCAAUGUUUAUAUUGUAGAUGUGUUCUUUUGUCUUUUUUUUUUACAGCUUGGACAUAAAUAUGCAAUAUAAAAUUGCUUUUGAAAAUGUGAUUUUUACACUGUAAAACCAAAACAUAUACAAAAAAAUAAUAAUGUUUACAUUAUCAAAGUCAAAACGUGAAAAGACAACAAGAUGAGCAGGUUUUUAAUCAUAUAUUUGCAUGAGAGGUUUUGUCUGCUACAGGCCUUUAGUUUCAAGCCAAAAACGAAACAGACUAUUUGACCGUAUGAAUAAAGAUU